AUGUAUCAUGAAGCUCAAAAAGAAAAUCCAAAUGAGAUCGGUCCAAGGAAUAUCGAAUCAAUGAAAGGUCGUUUUAAACGACUUAAUGAAAAUGCAAACAAGUGGAUUGCUGCUUGCAAAGAAGCAAAUGCUAGAAGAAGGAGUGGAAUGAGCCAGAAAGAUAUAGCGAUGGAAGCUCACUCAAUUUAUGAAGCAGGUGGCAUUAAAUUCCAAGACUUGGUUGUUUUCAAUGAUGUUAUGAGUAAACAUCUGAAGUGGAACUUAGCAAUCAAUGAAGUGGGUGAUGAUCAAGAAAGUGGUGGCAGCACAAAAAGAUCUAAGACUGCUGAAGAUGGUAGAGACAAAGCUAAAAGGAAAGGAAAAGGUAAGGCAUUGACAUCUGAAUCUAAUGAAAUGUAUGAACAUAUUCGUGCAUUGAGACUUAGUAGAGAUCAUGAAAAUGAGUUAAUGACUGCUAAAAUUGAAUUGGAACAUGGAAAGCUUAAAAUGAAUUCUCUGAAGAUGGAAAAGAAAAUGUUGGUCACAUUGUUGGCGAAGGACCAUUUAUCUGCAAAAGAGGAAGAGAUGAAAAGCCACCUCAUUGCAAUUUUAUUUCCGAAGUAG